AACACGACGAGCGAAUGGUCUCCAACGCUCCAUGUCACAUCAGCCGAACAAGCUCCUGGAAAAGUUGAGAACCUGGUCGCCAUCCGUGUGGCAUCAAAGCUGUACACAGUGUCCUGGACGCCACCCAAAAUACGUAACGGCAUCAUACGAGGAUAUCAACUGGGUCUGGAGCCGAAACGUCUGCUCCAUUGUACAAGAUCUCCGCCUGAACACCUGAUGUUCAUUAUAUCCGGAAACCAGACGGCACGCAAUGUCUCGUUGAUGCCUGCUGCCGAGUACAGUAUUCGUGUGAGAGCACGCACUGUCGCUGGUGGACAAUGGACGACUAUAAAAGUAACGACACCUGACGAAGCACCGGAAGCUGCCCCCGGAGACGUAAACGUCCACAACGUCUCUGACGCGGGCGCUACGAUCACGUGGAAAGAACCGGACUGUGCUCUUAGUCACGGCGCCAUUAAGGGCUACAAGCUAAAGCCGAGGAGAAGGAAAGCACCGCAGGGAAUACUAGAGCGGACCACCACGAUGAAAUCUAUCACCUUCAACCGACUCAGUCCCUUUACCAACUACACCUUUGAGCUGUCCGCAUGGAACACAGCAGGGUACGGGCCUGCAGUCUACGCAGUAUUCAUGACAAGGCCCUCCGUGCCUAACGCGCCGACGAACCUGACGUGGCACAGCGUAUCGUGCACAUCGAUCGCCGUCUCGUGGCUUCCACCGGAACCGCUUACGGGAAAGUUACAGCGUUAUCGUGUAUACUACAGGACGUCAGAACAAUCGAGGUACACCACAGACGAAAUUCCUGCACAAGCAUACUGUAAUGCGACAAUCCGCUCCGAACGGCAGUGUUUCGUCAUCCACAAUGUCGCGCCUAAUACUACAUACCACAUUUUUCACCUGGCCCACCUAGUCAACUCUCUCAAGCUUUGA